GCUGUCCGGUUGAGUUUGGCCUUUUUAAAGAACUAAUGGCCUAUAAGUAUGUACAGGAUCUAAGAGCAGACAUGAUAUAGUUCCAAACCAUAUCAAAGAAAUAACUUCAUAUGGAGAUGCAUGCAUAUGGCUUUCGAUCAGGCAGUCUUCCUUGACCAUUUUGCUUUGUUUCAAAGGUCAAGCCUUUUUUGCAGCAUCCUGUUCUCCGUAACUUUGGUAUGAGGGCUCAUGCUUUCGAGCAGUUGAUGUGAAGGUAUCAACCACCACAUCUUUUGGUGACAAGAUUCUCACUUAAGAUGGAGACACAUGAAAGAAACUAGAUACGAAGGCAUCCAAAUUACCCCCCUCUCCAUCCUAACUUUAAUGGUGUAAGGUUGAAGGAUCCUCUCCCUUUUUCAAGAUCUUUCUUUGGUGUUCUUCUUCUUCUUCUUCAAGACACCUUUCUCAGUGAUCUGAGCAUGUACUGGAUGACUAGCAACCUGAGGUCUCGAAACAUGGACUUCUUGUUCUCCAAGACAUGGUAGUAUAUGCUCUCUUCAGCAUCCAAUCUGUGAACACCUUCAACCGCUCUUGGACAUACAUCCUUGAAUGGCAAUCUCCUUCCCUGUUCUUUCAGCUAAAAAGGUAAUCCUGAUCUUCCUCAACAUAUCGUUUUUGGCUGUGGGGAUUUUCUAUGUUUCUAUCCACCUUGAUACAUCCCAUGCAAUUCUUCAAAGAUCCACAAAACUUCAUCUCAGAGAUUCCAGUAAAGGUUGUCAUGACAUCUGCAAAGGCAAGUCGGUGCUCUUGAAUUCUGAAGCCCGAUUCUCUCAAGGCUACAUAAACUAUCUCCACAUCUUCUACUGUGUUUAUGGCAAGUAUCCAUUCUUGGGUUACGCUCUUCUGAUUCUAUGGCUUCUGGUUCUCUUUUAUCUUCUUGCGGAUACAUCUGCAAACUAUUUCUGCACAAACUUAGAGGGCCUGUCCACACUCUUGAAGCUCCCUCCCACCAUUGCCGGAGCGACCCUUCUUUCUUUAGGAAACGGCGCUCCCGACGCAUUCUCUAGCAUUGUCUCCUUCAUGGGCGCUGGUUCAGGUGUUGUAGGCCUCAACAGCGUCUUAGGUGGUUCCUUCUUUGUGUCUUGUGUGGUUGUCGGAAUCAUAAGCACCUGUGUCAGCUCCCACGAGUAUCCCAUCGACAAGUCCAGCUUUGUGAGAGACCUUCUAUUCUUCCUCUUUGUCCUCUCGGUCCUCCUUGUGAUACUAGUCAUAGGAAAGAUCAAUCUAUGGGGUGCCAUAGCUUUUACUUCACUGUAUCUUGUCUAUGUGUUGCUGGUAGCUGUAGGACAUUUCUGCAGGAAGGAGGAACAGGAACAGGAUCUCUCAUGCAAAACAAGACAGAAUGCUGACCUGGAAGCUCCUCUUCUGGAGAGUUUGGAAGACCAUCAGCCAGAUUCAACAGAGAAGGAAACUGCCUCAACAAGUGAAUCAGAUGGUACCAGGAGCAAUCCAUCAGCUUGUUACCACUGCAAGAGAAUUGUACGGUGUUUAGAGCUGCCUCUUUCUCUGCCUAGGAUGUUGACCAUCCCAGAUGUCAGCAAGGAGAAAUGGUCCAAGCCAUCUGCAGUUGCUUCGGUGACACUGGCACCAUUGCUCUUGGCAGUUCUGGUGACUUGUAAGAGGAAGGAUGCUGGCUCAGAGGAAAGCCUGUCGAUAUACAUUUCUGGUGGACUCGUGGGGCUCGUGCUGGGCAUUGUUUGCCUGGUGAAGACCGAGAAGGGCAGACCUCCGACAAGGUUUCUCUUCCCAUGGCUUGCUGGUGGCUUCCUGAUGAGUGUAACCUGGACCUACAUCAUUGCGCAGGAGUUGGUCUCUCUUCUGGUCUCGCUUGGGACUGUCAUGGAGAUCAGCUCCUCGAUUCUGGGGCUCACAGUCCUGGCCUGGGGCAACUCAGUGGGGGAUCUGAUUGCCAGCUCGGCAGUGGCACUGCAUGACAGGCAGGGUGGGACCCAAGUUGCAAUGUCUGGCUGCUAUGGUGGGCCCAUCUUCAACACCUUGGUGGGGCUGGGUCUCUCCUUUGUGUUCUCCUCAUGGAGUGCAUACCCCACACCUGUGGUCAUUCCAAAGGACCUCACACUGUAUCAGACGAUGGGGUUUCUGAUUGGUGGCCUCCUGUGGGCCCUGGUCAUUUUGCCCAGGAGAGGCAUGAGGCUCGACAGGGUUUUAGGCUCUGGCCUGCUCUCUAUUUAUUUCUGCUCCUUGUCUCUAAGAAUGGUUCAGUCUCUUGGACUUGUGUAACUGCAACAAUAGCCAGAAAGGGCCUGUCAAAACCACUAUGGAAGCAUAGAAUUUAAGGGAGAAUGUUAAUGUUUCCUUCUAUUCA